AUGUUCAAGGUUAUUGCCAUCUCCGCUCUUUUCUGCGUUUUGGCUACUGAAGCCGCCAACCUCGGAUGCAAAUCUAAAUCCAACUACUCUGUUGAUGGAAAAUGUCCAGAAGGACAAGUUGCCGUUGGAGGAGGAUUCAACUGCUGUGACAAAGCAGAUGCCUAUGACAUUGACUCAUAUGCUUGUCGUGGUGAGUCUUUUGGACCAGCACUCGGUGGAACGUGCUUCGAUGGAGCAUUGGCUGUUGCUGAUGAUGAAUGCUGUGAAGCUGCACAGGCUUAUGCCAAGAACAAGAAGUAG